UUUGAUUGACGCUCGACAUAAACAAUUUAUCGUAAACUUAGGUCAGACCAGAGCGACACUGAGGACUGCAGCUGUUUACAAGCUGACACCCGUCCAGCUGCUAGCAGGCCAGCUCUGUCCGGCUGCGAACCGACUUCCUGCGUGUGACCGUAGGAGGAAAGGGAUUUCUGGGGCUUAGCGGCCGCAGCUACCGUCUGAUCGCGAUCCUCCGUGGAUGGUGCGGGCUGGGAUCAUCUGGAGAGGCCGUGGCAGACAUUUUACCCACGGUCUUGAGGAGCCUGAAAACUCGGACGGGGACAUCCGAGGACACGCGUGAAGAUUGUAACACUAAGAUUUUUGGGACUGCGAAAUGUGAAAAAGGGCUCCACAUUUUCACCCUCUCAGUCUAAGCAGAAGCUGCUUGAUCUGACGUUGUGUCCACACCUUCCUGCCUCGGGCAUGCCUCAGCCGGGUAUGAACGGGAUGGAGCCUGCAUUUGGCGAGGCCUACGGGAGCCACAGGGGCCUGCUAAGCCCCUGCCCGUUGGCCAUGUCGCCACAGGGGGGCAGGACUGAUUAUGAUCAGAGCGUGCUCCUUAUGUUGGGCUCCCCAGCAUCACCAAGGAAACGGCCCUUCGAGUUGCUGAGUGACCUCGUGGAUGAUGGGGGUUUUGGUGAGGAUCAGCAUCCAGAACGCUGGGAUGUGUCUGCACUGGAUGAGAUGGCUCGCUACACCAAGCUGGGCCUUGGAGUCGGCGGGGAACUGCUGGCCUGCUCUGAGGAGGCUAUCCUGAUGGGCCGCUGGGGGAGGAGUCUGGAGGAGCAGGAGAAAGAGGAAGAGGAGUGGAAGAGGAGGGACAGGCGCUCAGCCCCUGCCGUAACCCAGGAAGUCCAGGUCACAGCUGUGGGCAAAGAGGAGGGGCAUGGCUCUGUUACCAUAGCAACACAAGGGGAGUUGUGUGCUGCAGGAAAAGGGAUGGGAGACGAACAGGAUGAAGAGGUGUCACAGGAGUGUACGGUCGAGGUGUAUCAGGUGGCACAGGAGGAAGGGGAAGAAGAGGAACAGGAAGUGGUGGCAGCAGGAGCAGGGCUGGUUCUGGAGCACUGCAGUGAGGAACACAACUACUCUCUGGGCCAGGGAGGGGAGAAGUCUGCUAGGCCUGCUCACAACUCCCAGUCUGAGGAGGUGCAAGUGGAUGAGGUUCAGCCAGAGAUACAAGGCAGUGAGGACAGCCAGGCUAACACGGAGCUGGAAGAAGAGGAGGAAAAAGAAGAAGAAGAAGAAGAGGAAGAGGGAGCAGAAGAAACAGCGGUAGAGGCUGAACUCUCAAGCUCCUCAGAAACUGAAUGUGAGGUGGAGACCGAGCCAGCCAGGCAACCAGGCGAGCGCCCGGCCAAGCGUCGAUGUUUCUGGGAGUACAGACGCUGUCGGGAGUCGGCCUCAAAGAAGAAGCUGAGCAGCAACGUCCACUGGUCUCUGUCCUGGAGCUCCAGCACUCUACCCAGCACACUGUACCGCCGGGAGGGCAAGAAAGGGCGGCGUAAAGCCCGUAAAACAGAUGCCAGCGACCUCACGCCCAACCCUCAGAAACUCCACAACAUUGGGGAGCAGCUGCAGAAGCUCAAUGCUGCCAUCAAGGGCAUGGGCCCGGUCAACGACCUGCCUGCCGUGGCUCGAGCCCGUUCCCGCAAGGAGAAGAACAAGCUGGCCUCCAGGGCCUGCCGGCUGAAGAAGAAGGCCCAGCAUGAAGCCAACAAGAUCAAGCUGUGUGGGCUCAACCAGGAGUACGAAAACCUCUUGGGGGCCCUGCUACAGAUUAAGGAGGUGAUCCGACGGCGGGUGGAGAGCAGUGAGGAGGAAGAUGGAGACGAACGUGGGAUGACCAGACGUCUUGAAGACAUCCUUAAAGAGUCCAGCGGUCCCUUAGUCGCUGGGCGGACCAAAGACUUUGUGCAAAGGAUUCUGGAUGCCAGCGCAAGUGGUCAGAACCAGCGUAAGGAGACCCUGCAGGGCGUAGAUGAGACAACAGGUUAAACUACCCAGCACCUGUUUUUUCUUCAUACUGUCCCAUCCCAGCACCACUCACCUACGUGGCCAAGCUUCUCUACACCUCCUCUGCUCUCACGUUGUGCACAUUGGAGUAAGAGCAUGAGAGGAAGACAGGCUGGGGAAGAAGAUGGGAACAAAAUGGGAGUAUGUUUCCACUCUGCUGCUGGUUCUCUCUUGUCAGCUCUCCUUCAACAGCAGCCUUUGCUGUAGGCUGCACCAUAACCAUCACCAGGCUAGAGCUGCUGCUGAUGUCUCUGCUGUGU